AAUAGCUGGGGGAGGCACAACUAUGUGGGAGUGUGGGGUUGCCAGGCAUGUUCAUAGGGAUGGAGGGGAGCUGGGAGGGGUCUCUGGGAAGCCUGGCAAUGCCCAUACCCCCCAGGGCCCUGCCAGAACAAGCCAGCCCCCCCAGGGGGUCCCUGCGCCCUGGCUCCUGGACCCCCCUGCAUGAGGACAUCAACCAGGUGGAGGAGCGCAAGCACGGCUUCAAAACCAGCGUGAAGAAGCUGAUGCAGCGUCGGGCCAGCCCCCGUCGCAGCCCCCCUGGCCCCCUGCCUGCCCAUGGAGACUCCCUCAAGAGACAGGAGGAGGGGGGGCGCCGUCGGUACACCCGCUCCUUCUCCUUCAAGGGGUUGCUGCGGAGGAAGGGCCCGGCCCAAGAGGAGCUGAAUCCCCUUCCCCCCCCAUCCCCCUCAUCACUGCGCCCCACCUCCCUGCCUGUCACCCCCUGCUACUGCACAGACCUCCCCGCACUGGGACAGCAGGAUCCCACGGCACACGACCCUACUCACAUCCCAGAGCUGGGAGAGGACCCCCAUGCUCUCCAGCUGGUGGGAGAGUCCAGAUGUCCUGGCCCACAGCCCCCUGCUCUAACCAGCUCUGCCUCCCAGGCCAGCUGCUGCGGGACCCUGCUCUCUAUGCCCGGGCAGCCCAGAAGCUGGACAAACUGCUGAAGCAGCAGCAGCAGCUGAAUAGCCCUGGGAGCACUAACGGGGCUCCCUCCCCCAGGCUGGGGGCCAGGACCCCCGAUGUCCAGCUGGGCAUCAGGCACUCAGCCCCGCCAGACCCCUCCUCGGAGACUGCCAAUGAGCAGCACAGGGAGCAGGUGAUCCAGAGACUCAUCAGCCUCCUGGAAGAGCAGGCCAAGGACAUCAAUCGGGAGAUGGAGGCAGACCCCUUGCUGCGCAGCACCCUGUCCCGCAUGUCCUUCCGCAGCUUCUCCCAGCUGGCCGAGGCCUUCACCGCCCGUGCGCCCCCCAGCAGCCCCAGCCCCCAGCUUGCACGCCUGGCACUCACUAUGGAGCUGACCCGGAGGGUGGCCGGGAUCAGCAACCAUGCGGUGCAGACCCUCAUGGGCUACAGCCUCCAGUACAUGGAGCUCUUCGUGCCCUGGCUCCAGCAGCAGGGCGGCUGGGAGAGCAUCGUGGGCCAGGAUGAGCUCUUUGACCUCCAGCUCGACUAGGGGGAGGAGGAAGG